GAAAAUAUCAGUUCUUCCGUCACAAGGCAGGCGUCUGUCUAUAAAUAUCGCUGUGCAUCAGAAUCAGAAAUAGCCAUUCCCACUUUCCAUAGAUCUUCAAGCUUCACAAACUAAUUAUUGCAUUUACCUAUUUUUCUGUUUUAUCUUGUCCCAAAAUUUUCUCAUUUCCCUAUAUGUGUGCAGAUCCAAAUAUUACUAUUCAUCACAAGAAUCUAUUCAUCCCACAUUCCAUUACAUCCUCAACAAACUUUUUACCUACUUUUUAUUUACCAAAUUUUGGAUAAUUUUUGCUAUGAAAUCAAUGAAUUUGAUAACUAUGAAGCCUUGUUGUCGAAUUCUAAUCGCAAGUAAGAGCAAUUCCUUUCUGGGUCUUCCAUUCAAGGAGGCCAGCACAAAUUUGUCGAAUUUUCGUUUGAAUUUGAGGCAAAAAUCUGAUUUUGACAGCUACCCACGUCGAAUUAUCAAUCGGACCCAGAAGCUAUAUUGUGUCCCAAAUUUAAGUUGGGGUCAAUCUAGGGUUUUCUCGAGCCCUAUUGGUAGAGGUCUCCAUGUUAUUGCUAGUGUUGCAUCUGACUUUAGGAAUUAUUCAACUUCUGUUGAAACUCGUGUUAAUGACAAGAACUUUGAGAGGAUUUAUGUGCAAGGAGGUUUGAAUGUGAAGCCAUUGGUAGCGGAAAAGAUUGAUUUAGAUGAACAUGCUGCUGGAGCUGGUGGUGAACAUGUGAAAAAUGAUGAGAGCUUGAAAGAGGAGGGCGAGGGGCAAGUGGAGGUUCGGGGCGGGGAGGAGUCAGAGGCGGUGAAAGAGGCAUGGAAGUUGUUGGAGAAUGCUGUGGUUACAUAUUGUGGGAGCCCUAUAGGGACUCUUGCUGCUAAUGAUCCUAAUGAUAAGUUGCCAUUGAAUUAUGAUCAAGUCUUUAUUAGGGAUUUUAUCCCAUCUGCCCUUGCUUUUUUGCUCAAGGGGGAUAAAGACAUUGUUAAGAAUUUCCUACUUCACACCCUGCAACUGCAGAGUUGGGAGAAAACUGUGGACUGUUACAGUCCAGGGCAAGGGUUGAUGCCUGCAAGUUUUAAAGUUAGAACAGUGCCCCUUGAUGAUAACAAAUAUGAAGAAGUUCUAGACCCAGAUUUUGGGGAGUCAGCUAUUGGCCGCGUAGCACCUGUUGAUUCAGGCUUGUGGUGGAUUAUCUUGUUGAGAGCUUAUGGGAAGAUCACCGGUGAUUAUGGAUUACAAGAAAGAGUGGAUGUACAGACUGGCAUAAAGCUGAUAUUGAACCUGUGUCUGUCUGAUGGUUUUGAUAUGUUCCCUUCUUUGCUAGUCACUGAUGGUUCCUGCAUGAUAGAUAGGCGUAUGGGUAUUCAUGGACAUCCGCUUGAGAUUCAAGCUUUAUUUUACUCAGCACUUAGGUGUUCCCGCGAGAUGCUUUCUCUGGAUGAAGGAUCCAAGAAUUUGGUGAAUGCCAUAAACAACCGACUUAGUGCAUUGUCAUUUCACAUUAGAGAAUAUUAUUGGGUUGAUAUGAAGAAGAUCAAUGAAAUAUACCGAUAUAAGACAGAGGAGUAUUCCACUGACGCCACUAACAAAUUUAACAUCUACCCUGAACAAAUCCCUCAUUGGUUGAUGGACUGGAUCCCUGAGGAAGGUGGUUAUCUUAUUGGCAAUUUACAGCCUGCCCACAUGGACUUUAGAUUCUUCACACUUGGAAAUCUGUGGUCCAUUGUGUCAUCUUUGGGUACCCCAAAACAGAAUGAGGCGAUCCUGAAUCUGAUUGAAGCAAAAUGGGACGAUAUUGUGGGUUCCAUGCCCCUUAAAAUAUGUUACCCUGCUCUGGAGAAUGAAGAGUGGCGUAUAAUCACUGGUAGUGACCCUAAGAACACGUGA